CUUCCGGUUUAGAAAUGAGCACGUUGGAUUUGACCGUCAAAAUUAUACAACAAUUGAUUUGAUUGCUUGUGUCAUGUUAACAAAAACCUUGACUGGAAAUUGUAUUUCCAUUUUUAGACGAAGAAAUCAUGAGCAAAUGGAAUUUUGCCACAGAUUUUUGAUAUCACUAGGGAAACCGCAAUCGUCAAGCCCUGCAAGACUUCGUCAUAUUUCAUCAUUUUCUUCGCAAUGUUUUUGCAGACCCAAGAAAAAAUAUGCAUGUAACACAGUAAAAAGCUCCAGUCUGUCAGUGACCAGUGGUCAGCAAUACUUGCAAAUAUAUCCAUGUUCAACUAUUUACCAAUCAUUUUCAACUAGUGCUGGUGACUUUCAGAAAGAUAAAUCAAAAGACAAGGAAACAACAGAAAGUGAAAUCACAGACAAAACAGAAAGUUCAGAUAGUGUUGAACAAAAUUUAUCAAUAUUUCAAAGAUUUAAAAAAGCAUACAAGGAGCAUGGAAAAGUUCUUAUUGGAGUACACCUGUUUACAUCAACUUUCUGGUUUGGCUCCUUUUAUUAUUUAGCAUUAAGUGGUAUUGAUGUGGUACCAUUGUUGGAAAAAAUGGGAGCUGGAGAAACCAUAAUGAAGCCUUUUAAAUCCUCCCAUGCUGGUGAAAUAGCUGUGGCCUAUUUGUUAUACAAGUUGGCUACGCCUGCCAGAUAUACUGUAACUCUUGCUGGAACUAAUUUUACAAUCAAAUAUCUGCAGAAAUCUGGAAAAAUGGUUAAGCCAGCAGAGAGAGAAAGCUUUAAGGAGAUAUACAAAGAUGGCAAACAGGAAUUGAAAGAAAAGCGAAAAGAAAUUGAUUCUAAAAUAAAAACGAGAACUCAAAAAUAUUCAAAAAAGUGAAGUCCUUGAAUUAGUUGCUUUUGAUACAUUCUUGUUCAUUCAUAAUAGUAUGCCAGCUGAGUCCACUUGGUGUAUGUGAUAGCAUAUUUAUUUAUUGUAUCAAUAUAUUUAAGGAAACAGAAAUUUCUAAAGUAAUGUAUAAAAAAUGACAUAUAUUUUCUUCUCUUUGUUUGAUGCAUAUGUAACUAUUUUAAUAUUUGUAGUUCAUGUCAGUAUUAUGUCUUUUACACAUCUUUAUAUAUUUUUUUGAGUGGUACAGUAAUAAACAUCUUCUGAGGUACAAUUCUACUGCAGACUUAUCUUAAUGAGUUAGAUUUUUAAAUUUUAUAACUGAUGCAAUAAUAAAACAAUAAUUAAUAAGCCUUCCUAUCAUAACAAGUUUUGGAUUUGUAAGGGUCAGUUAUCAAUAAUUUAAUUUUGGAUGUAACACGUCUUCUGAUUGGCUGACAUUAUUUUGUUAUGAGCAUGUGCAUGUGGUGCACACUGUUAAAUAACCUGCUAUGCACGUUAUUCAGUGUGCACCAAAUUUUUUAUGUUUUUUCUUCAUAGACAGAAAAAAAUAUUACAGUCAUUCCUUAAAUAAUGAAGUUCUUAUAUAGAUUAUAACAAAUAAUUGUAAAAUUGUCCUUUGUUUAUUUAUGAAUUUGGAAAUUAUUAGGAAACUAAAGUGUUUUUAAACUCCCUGAGAUAAAGUUGACCAUAAACAUGAUAAAUGAUUUUGACUUAAAUUAUUUUGUCCUUUUUGGUUUACUUUAAACAUUGUUUAUUGCUCAAAAUGAAAAAUGGAUCAGACACAACAUAGCUCUUCAACUGUUAAGGUUCUGAUAGCUCAUUGACUUUUUAAUAUUUAAUGUUGAGUGUUCCUCAUGGAGGUAAAUUCAGAAAACUGUUUCUAAUGCAUGAAAUAUAUAAAAUUUUGAUUUCAUUAUUGCAUAAAAAGAAAAAGUUCAUAAUAUCACAUAUUUUAGAUUAUUUUUAAAAGUUUGUUAAAACACACUAAUGCUUACUAACAAAUAGAACAGAAAUUGAUUAACAGAUUUCAGUGCCAUAUUGAUCAAAGGUGGUAGCAAUCAUUUUAUGACCAAUAGACCCAAUCUGAAUUGGAUUUAUACAGGACUAAUGGUAUGAGAGAAGUAUAGCUUAUUUCACAGAUUUAAAUGGUUGUAUUAUUAUAUAUCAUGGUAAUAAUUUUGUUAUGUGCUGUUACAAAGACAUAUAUAUUAUUUGUGCUCUGAUGUGUGAUUCUGCUUGUUUGUAUGACUUCUGUAGAUCUAGUAUAAAUAAAAUGUCAUUCAGUAUUAACUU